CCGUCUUUUAUUCGAUGCUAUCUGUGUUUUUAUGCUUCUCAGGGAAAAGUCUAAACGACAAUGUUGUUAGUCUUUGUCAAGCACUGAAAUAUCGCGUACCAAAAUGAUGGUCUUCAAUAGCAUAGCCAGCGCCGUUUUGGCUGUGUUAGUAAUUGCUGCAGCCGGGAUGUGUGGCGAAAGCCUUUUUUUACCAGUUUGUAGUGGAGACGCCUGCCCUGAGGGCUAUGUGUCAACAGUGAUUAAUGGCAUGUGUGGCUGCUCUCCCAGUGGACAAAGGCGUGUGCAUUGCCCGGAAGGAUCGGUUUUCGAAAAUAAUCAGUGUCGCAAGAUCGUUUGUCCCGACGGUGAAUUCUACAGAGGAAUGUGCUUGCGGGCCAUGUGUCCGCCCGGCAUGGUGUGGCGUGGUAAAAUGUGCCAAGAACCAGAAUAUCUCACCACAGUUCUGCAAAUAGAAAAUGUGGUGACUAAUGAGGUGCGCAGACGACCUGCCUAUCUGGAAGUUAGAACACGGAAUACCACCACACAGAACGGAUUCAAUACAUCUAAUUUCGAAAAUGUAAUAAAAUCCGAACAUUUCAACUCUAAGGAUAUGGCUAAGGAUUCGCCAAGCUCCACAAAGCACUCGGAACUCACAAUGCCCAAAAACGCAUUUAACAAUCAUUCGAAAAAGAGCAUUGAAUUGCCGAGCGGAUCAACAAAAAACAAUGCUGCGCCAACAUUCGUGGGCUGUUGCACAGUGUACACACCUCGCAUUUGCAAGAUAUAUGGCCAAAAAUGGAUUUGCUUCAAUCGCAAGAAGGAUUCAUGCGACACCAGAAUAUGCACUGCUGCGAUAGUGUACCUCAAGCCGCCAGAAAUUAAAUACAGCCAUCCAACUCUAAUUAUACCCCCAUCCACGGCAUCAGCGACAACAGGAGCUGAUAAUAAUGUUGCUCCCGACUGUUCCGGUUGUGCACUCAAUCAACCAGAAAAAUGUUCCGCUUAUUGUUCCACUUAUAGAUGUCCACAGGGUGUUUGUGAAUUUAAACCUUUAGAGGAAUACUGUCGCCAUUAUUCUGGACAAUUCGGUUGUACACCAAAGGAUGGAUGUUUAUGGGAUUGGUGUUGAGUACUACGGUUCGAAACCACAUUUAUUCAAGCUUCUAGCGUUUCGAAAUUAUGAUUAUUCCAAGCCUUAAUUUGAAAACCUUGCAAAUGAAAUGAUGGAACAACUCUAAUUUAGUAAAAACUCUUCAAUUUUUCGAAAAUUGUCUCCAGAGGUAGGUAUUUUUACCCUGAUUCCGGGGCCCCAGAUUUUUGACCCGAAAGUCCGCGUUCAAUACCCGGGAAAGGUAAGAGUGUCAGCUAUAAUUUGGCAUCAAUUUUUUUGACCCCCCUAACGGGCCCUUUUUCCACUUUUUGGGGGUCAGGAAAAUCAAUAAUUUUACUAUAACUUCCGAACCGCUCAUUGGUGCGGAACUUGAACCAGGAAUUUCGGGUCCAAAAUCUGGGGUCACGGAACCGUCUCCCCGAAAAAAAAAAUUUGUUUCCCAGAAUCAGGAUAAAAAUACCUACCACUGGAAAAAAAUUCCAACAAAUUUAAGAGUUUUUACUAAACUAGAGUUAAGCCGAAAUGAUUUAUCAAAAGAACAGAAACACGACUAGAAUUCAUUGUUUUUAUUUAGUUUGUUGACCUUUUGGUAAUGUGGCAAAUAAAAGACAAGAUUUUAAUUGCAUUGCUUCCCGAUGUUUCGUCACUUUUU